AUGACCUCAGAGUCAGACUGGGUCAGACUGGUGAGAGGACCUCAGGGUCAGACUGGUGAGAUGACCUCAGAGUCAGACUGGGUCAGACUGGUGAGAGGACCUCAGGGUCAGACUGGUGAGAUGACCUCAGAGUCAGACUGGGUCAGACUGGUGAGAGGACCUCAGGGUCAGACUGGUGAGAUGACCUCAGAGUCAGACUGGGUCAGACUGGUGAGAGGACCUCAGGGUCAGACUGGUGAGAUGACCUCAGAGUCAGACUGGGAGCUGCAGUGUUCAUCGCUGUACCAAAGUCGCAGCCAGUGUGAGUCAGCGGUCACACUGCACAGCGUGAGCGUGUAUGAGGCUGCUCAGGAACAUGUGUGCAGAGCUCAGCCUGAACCCGAUGACAGAGCCCGAAUUUGGCCUGACUCCAAGAAUCUAAACCAGGCAGAAGAUACAUGA